AUGCGCAGUCACGCCUGCGGUUGCGUGUUGCAGGAAGGUAAAAGCUCGUGUUGGAGUUGGAGAGCUAUACUGCUAGCUACCUACCUACCUACCUACUGCGUGCUUGCUUGCAAGAUGAAAAGUACGUUGACAGUGCUGGUUGUGGUGUUCUCCGCGGUCCUUGGUGGCCUGCAGCGACACACCGUGUCUCCUCUGGACUUGACCCAGCAGCGGGGCGGUCCCCGGGUGGACAAGAAUUGCCUUAGGUGCCUCGAUUUCGGCGAGAAGUACCUCAAGGACCUCUUCGACAUCAUUACGGGUGGUGGCGAGUUUGGUACGUGUACAGAGUUGUGUCAUUUGCUGGAGAAUAAGGUGCACACUACCGGGGUUUUCGUGGUGUGUGUCGCAAUCUGCGGCGCUGUUGAUUUUGCUACCUUCAUCGAAUUCUUGAGAAAAGUCGAACUGGAUGAGUUCUACUUCUGUGAUCUGCUCAAACUGUGUCCGACCAAGGAUGAUGGUGAUGCUCACAUCUAUUCUCUUGAAGCUAUCCCCAAACACGUCAAGCUAAACACGUCAUUUGAGGUUGUGAUGGUAUUUAUUACAAAAGCCGGUACGGGGCUGGGACAGUAUGACCUCAACAUUACGACUGGAGGCAGUGUCGUUAAACGAGAUGACGCCACCGUGGAUCCUAUAGAAACUGGGGACUAUAAGGCCACGUGGACUCUCUUUGCACCACUGAGUUGGAAACCUGGGAACUACACUGUUGGUGUUGCGGAAUACACAACCAUGAAGGCCGCUGGAGUUAUUCUUCUCUUGCUGGUGUCGGGGUCCAUGGCCGGCUCUCUCUCGCGCCCCACCAUCACUACCCUGGAUGAUGCGAAGGAGCCGAAGAUCGACUUAUGUCCAAUUUGCAUUGAGUUUGCCGAUGAGGCCAUCAACGACCUCCUAAAUAUUGUUCUGAAUGCUGGUGUGAUUGGAGGCUGUGGAGAUCUAUGCGCAAUGCUGGCAAAAGAAAUCAAGACUGAUGCUCAAAUCAUUGAUGUUGUCUGCAAUCUUUUCUGCGACUACGUUGGCAUCAAAGAAUUCAUCAAUAUCAUUGAAAAAGCUGACCUGGACCCUAUCUACUACUGCGAGUUACUCCACCAAUGCCCUGUAGACGACAACGGAGACGCUCACAUCGUCUCGUUCAAAGUUAUUCCUGAUGAUGUUGUGCACGGGUCCACGUUCCGCAUUGAGCUGCUGUUUGAUACCAGGAACGGAACGGGGACAGGGGAGAUCGACCUCCUCAUUAACACGGCGGACGGCAUCCCACUGGAGCAAGGUAAGCUGAGCGAGCCACUGGUACCGGGAGCAUACAACGUCACGUGGAGUGUUGAGGCCAAACCGGACCCCAACUGUGACCCCACCCAGGAGAUUUGCGAGGAGUGGAUCCCUGGCAACUACACUGCCAACGUUGGUGGGUCUCAUAUAAUAUUGUAUGUGUGUUUGUCGACAAAAGCUAACGUAGCAUAACAGUACGGUAUGUGCAGUGUGGAAGUGUCACAACAUUAAAAAAUCCCACAAAAAGGUUCAGUUUUGCCGGCGCUG